AUGUUAAAAAAACAUAGAGUUUUAAUAAUAGUAAUUGUUAUGACAUUAGUUGUAAUGAUAAGUUAUAGUUCAAUAUUAAAUAUAAAUACAGCACAAACAUCAAUAAAUAAUCAAAAGAAUGGAGUUGGUAAUAAAAAUGAAGAGAUGGAUAUUGACGAUAUGAAAAAUGUUGAAAAUGAAAAAUUAGAUGCAGAAAUUUUAAGAAAACAAAAGAGAGAAAGACAACAAAAUGGUGAAAACGUCUUUGAUGCAAAUAAUAUUCAAGUUGGGUUACCCGAUAGUAAUAAUAAUAAUUUAUUAUUCGGAAAUGAGGAUGAUAUACCAAUUCAAACUACAUUAAAGAAAACAGAUGAUAAACUUUUAAUUGAAUGUUUAGUAAGAGCAUCAAAACAAAAUAAUCAAUUAUCAAUUGAAAAAACCAAAGAGAAUUGGUUUACCUAUAUGAAAAAGAUAUCAAGUGAAAAAAAAGAGAAAUGUCAUUACUCAAAUCAACGUGAUUAUGACGAGCAACCAGUCCGUGUCGUUAGACAGUUGACAGAUUUCCAAGAGAAUGUGGAAUGUCACUUACCAUGCUCGUCAGUUCAUCAAGGCGGUGCUUAUAUCGAUUCUUCAAUCUACUCGCAUUCGACUUGUGAGAAAUCAAUGUAUGAAACUUUGGAGAAUGUUAGACCAUAUGGAAGAAAGUAUGAUAUAGUUGCAACUACCGAUACAAAAUCAGAUGUACCACUUGGUUAUUAUAGUUGGAAUGAGUAUCCUUAUUUUAAGAAACCAAUAAAGAAAAUUCAUAAUAAAGAUCAAGGUUUGGUUGCUGCUUUCAUCUCUAAUUGUGGCCCACAAUUUAGAUUGGACUAUAUGAAUAAAUUGAUUGCUGCAGGUAUUAAAGUGGAUUCCUAUGGUCAUUGUAACCAUAAUAAAGAACAAAGAAAAACCAAAGCUCAAGAUUAUAAUGGUGCAAAAAUGGAGAUUUCAAGUUCUUACAAAUUUGUAAUGUCAUUUGAGAAUAGUGAAACCGAUGAUUAUGUCACAGAGAAAUUAUUUGGUGUUUUCACCAUUGGUUCCGUGCCCAUCUAUCAUGGUGCCCCAAAUGGUAAGAAAUUCUUCCCAUCCCCAAAUGCCGGUAUCUUUGUCAAUGAUUUUGAAUCACCAGAGGAUUUAGCUGCCCAUUUGAAAUUCUUGGAUGAAAAUGAUGAAGAGUAUGAAAAAUGUUUACAAUGGAAAAAAACAGGCCCUACAAAAGAUUGGAUGGUGGUUAUGGACCAACUCAAGGCAAAUGGUGAUUGUAGAACUUGUAUCAAGGUUGCCGAUCUUCAAAGAAAAGAGGUUGGUAUGGUUGUUAAUAAAAAUACCUCAAUGCAAUUAGUACCAAAAUCAUUCACUCCAAAUGAUGGUAUCGUUGUAUUUAUUAGAGAAAGAAAUACUUUUUGGUUCACAUCGGUUGCAAUACCUUAUUCAACUACUUAUGUCGAGUUGGUUGAAAUCUUUUCAAACGCUUUAAAUCAUAAAGGUGAAAUUUAUUCAGCUAACGAUCUUUGGUCAAAAGAACCAAUCAUUGAUUUCAAAAUGAAAGAUAAAACUAUUAAAUUAACUCAAAAUCAAGAAAUUGAAGUUUUAUUUGCAGAUUUAGAUUUCUUUUGGCAUAGUAAAAAAUUACCACCAGGUGAAGAAUAA